CAGCCAUCGAUCUGCCGCAGGCCAGAUAGUUUUCUCUCUCCUGCUUCUGCUGCUGUGUCAAAAAUUUUCUCGUCACCCAGGAGGUAGGAAGUUGCUGCUGCGGAUCAAAGUGCUGUAUUCGUGGUGAGAAAAGAACCGAAGUGAAAAAAUCGAAUACCGUUUCUGGCUUUCCGGAACGGAAGUGUAAAACGCAGGAAAAGUACGUGGCUUUUGAGUCCGCCUUUGGUCCAGUAGAACCUAUCCCGAUAGUUUACUUCCGUGUCGGUGAAUUGUGCAAGAAAGUCCAGUCAUGGAUGAGGAAUAUGACGCCAUUGUGCUAGGUACGGGGCUGAAGGAGUGCAUUCUCAGCGGAAUGUUGUCGGUGUCGGGCAAAAAAGUGCUGCAUAUCGACCGCAAUAAGUACUACGGGGGCGAGUCUGCCUCGAUUACGCCCCUAGAGGAUUUGUUUUCCCGGUUCGGUGUGGAGCUGCCCGAGGGAAAGUAUGGACGCGGCCGCGAUUGGAACGUCGAUCUCAUCCCGAAGUUCUUGAUGGCCCACGGGUUGCUCGUAAAACUGCUCAUCCACACGGGCGUGACCCGUUAUCUGGAGUUCAAGUCGGUGGAGGGCAGCUACGUUUACAAGGGUGGCAAGAUUUCCAAAGUUCCCGUCGACCAGAAGGAGGCCCUCGCAUCGGAUUUGAUGGGCAUGUUCGAAAAGCGUCGCUUCCGCAACUUCCUCAUUUACGUACAAGACUUCAUUCAGGCGGACCCGAAGACGUGGAAGGAUUUCGACCCAACGAACAAAAGCAUGCAGGAGCUGUACGACAAGUUUGGACUAGACAAAAAUACUCAAGAUUUCACUGGCCACGCGUUGGCCUUGUAUCGCGACGACGAUUACCUCGCCGAACCGGCUGUUAAGACGAUCAACCGCAUCAAACUGUACUCGGAUUCGCUGGCCCGUUACGGCAAAUCGCCGUAUCUGUACCCUAUGUAUGGAUUGGGUGAGCUGCCGCAGGGUUUUGCCCGUUUGUCUGCCAUCUAUGGUGGCACGUACAUGUUGGACAAGCCGAUUGAUGAAAUUGUAUACGAUGGUAGCGGAAAGGCGGUCGGAGUGCGUUCUGGCACAGAAGUGGCCAAAUGUAAACAGGUUUAUUGUGAUCCUACAUACGUACCGGAUAAGGUACGCAUCAAGGGAAAGGUGGUCCGAUGCAUCUGUCUACUGGAUCAUCCAAUCAAUAACACGAAGGAUGCCCUUUCUACGCAAAUUAUCAUUCCGCAGAAGCAGGUUGGUCGUCGAUCGGACAUUUACGUGUCGCUGAUUAGCUCUACGCAUCAGGUUUCAGCCAAGGGCUGGUUCAUCGGAAUGGUUUCAACCACGGUGGAAUCUGACAAUCCAGAGGCUGAGAUUCGACCGGGUCUGGAACUGCUCGCUCCGAUUGCACAAAAGUUCGUGUCUGUUUCCGAUUACUAUGAACCAACGGACAACGGACUGCAGUCCCAGGUAUUCAUUUCGGAAUCUUAUGACGCCACUACGCACUUCGAGACAACCUGUCUGGAUGUGUUGGAUAUAUUCAAGCGUGGCACCGGAGAGGACUUUGAUUUUUCCAAGAUCAAACAGGAGCUAGGUGAAGAGGAACAGUAAAACCAAAAGGUACAAUGAAGAAAGAAAAAAAACAUGUACCCCUCUUCCUUGAACGAGAAACACAAUUAAAGGGAGAAAACAACUUCUCCGAAUAAAAGAUUAUUAAUUACGAUUAAUAUAUGGAAAUAUCUGCAUCUGAUACAUUAUUAAUAUUUACUGCUAUUUUUAGUAUGAGUAUCAAGAAUAUUACUUCGAACAUGUACAUGUAUAACAGACAAAACCCAGCUAUAGUAACGUACUUCCUGGUGAGACUGUAAAAGAACAAAAAUACCACCACUGGAACUUGUGAGUUUUUGAAAGGGCAGAACUAAGCAAACAAACGAACAUCGAAGCAUCUCCUGGGAAACAGCGGAGGGAAACCAAGCUAAACUAAACUAAUUACAAUUAUUAUCAGAGAUGGGUACAAUUGUUCACUAUCAUUCACAUAUUAACGCCAAUGGUCUGCGGGCACGGGAUUUGCUGUUUUAUUUUGUUCUGUUUGAUUUGCUAUUGCAUGAAAAUUGUUUCUGUCAGGUUCAUGUUUUUCGCGAAACAUUCACACUUAACACGCUGUCAGUAGAAUUUCGAUAGGAAACAGUUUUGCUUGACAAAAAAAAAGCUGCAAGAGAAUCGGUAAAAGGCUCGAUUAUACUGUGCAGAGAAAAUAGAAUAAUCAAAUUUAUCCGCGCAUGUUCACUGAAAAAUGAUAAAACAUAUUAGUAAGACUUUAUUGUUAAGAAGAAAAAAAUGAAACGCAUGGUGAAAAAUGGAAAAUAUAUCUGGCAAUGUUUAUUGGCUUUUUUAUGAAUUAACUUGUUUUUGGCUUUUGUUUCAACUGCUUGAUUAUAUUAUCGACAAUUAUUGUAUGUUUGCGCAAAUCAUCAAAUAAAACUGAUUGUUUAGUAACAAUGAUAUAGAACAAAAACAUAUUGCGAAGAACGCGAAAGAAUAACCUUAGACAACAUACGAUUUGACAGGGUCUCUGCUGGUUAGGUAAAAGCUUACAUGCCAGACAAAGACUAUAUAAAACAAAAAAAAACAUUCCUUGUCGGGAAAUAAAAGUAGUAGAAAACACGCUGAGAGUCAUAAGAAUAGAACAAUGGAGCAUUUAAAUUGUUUCGUGCUAAAGAUCACCAAAGUCAUCACAAAAUGCCGUACCUUUCGCAUCUAGAUGCAAUGCGAAUUCAAUUUCUAUUUAUCUCCUGUUAUUUCAAAACCCUUUAUUAAGUCUACGGUGAAACAUAAUGCCCUUUAAGACCAUUGAUUUGCAUAAUAGUUCCGUUUCUUUAGUUUCCUCUUGUGCAUGAGAUGAUCAUUUAUAUUUGCAGGCUGUAAUGUGCAAACUGAGUAAUGUCCCCAAUUUGGAAGGUCAAAUAAAAGAAUUUUCAUCACUAAAUGGGAAAA